UCUUAUAGUCUCGCCACAAAAAGCAUUUAAAAAUAUUAGCGGGCGAAGCCGUAACGGGAAGAGGGAUAUUAUUUAAAAAUUGUGCACACAUAUAGCGCGUUCAAAUUUCCCAUGCAACAGACGAAACCAGCGCUGCGCGGCGUUAUCGGUACUACGAAUUUCCAACCAGAAUGUGUCUCACGUUUGCCGCCGAAAAGAGUACGGAGUUAUGUCUCCUUUCCUUUUCCUACUUGUUGAAAAAGCUCACGCAGAAAAUCAGGACAGUGAGUUAUUUCAAGGAUUUCCUUACGCUCUACAAUCAAAUAUCUGACACAUGCUUCAAACGAUGUACAAAUACAUACAAUUCCAGAGACAUGGAUAUGGAUGAGGAAGCUUGUGUAAAUAACUGUGCCCAGAAGCAUGUAAAAGCGAAUACCAAAAUGAUGAAAGUCUAUAUGGAGGUACUACCUCUUUUAAUGAAUAAAAGGACAGAAGAAAUGAAUGCUGCUCAAGCUGCAGCUAUGGCACAGCAGCAACAACUGCAGCAAGACACUCAAGACACAGAAACUAGUCAAAAUAUACGACAAAGUCAGCCACUGGUCUGACCCACAAUUUAGCCUUUCGUUUUAUGUGAUUUAAUAUUUUAUAUUACAUUAUUUUAUAAUAUGAUAUAUUUAUUUUACUUUAUGCUGUUCACCUUUUCAAUAUUGUCAGGGUGUGGUAUGUUGCUCAGCUGUUCCUUGUUUGGCAAUAGGGUCAAAAUAAGAUUGCUUUGAGCCUCCUUGUCAUACUGAUUGUUGGUACAGGUCUUUUAUGAUUCAAGGAUUCCUUAAGGACCAGCAUUUUUCAAUUCAUGGCUCUCCUUAUUAUACGCUUCGUAAUGGCAGUCAUUUGAAACAGAUAUCCUCCCAGGAACGUCUUUCUUACAGCAAGCUGGUAGCAGCAAGAUUGUUUUGCAAGCAAUAUGUAAUACGUCUUCCUCCUGUUGUAUGCAGCGGUUGGGAGUGUAAUCAUAGUUAACUACUCUGUAAAUAUUUUCAACGUAUAAAAACUGAAUUUGUUCAUUCAA